GUCAUGGCACCAGCUUGAACCUUAAUCAGGAAGCUGCAAAAACAACAUGGCUGUAUUAAAUAGCGUUGUGGAUAAAUUGGUAUCUUUUUGGACCCUUAAGUUUAUCCGCAAAUAUUUGAAAUGGUUUUUCUUGUGUGUUUCAUUUACAGGAUCACUAUUAAAAGAGCUGGAUGUUGUACCGAAGACAUAUUUCAGUAACAGAAGAAAUAUUUUUAAUCUGUAUUUUGUGAAAAUCUCGUGGAGCUGGAACCUGGUUUUGUUGCUACCAUUUAUAUUUUUAUCCAACUCGUACAAUAGAAACCUCACAUUUGUUUUAAAACGACUCUUGUCCCUUGUGGUGGCAACAGCCAUUUGGUAUUUAUGCACAGAGUCGUUUUUCUAUAUUGAAGAUAUUACAGGAGAGUGCUAUGAGUCAGAGUCUGUGCGAGUAGUCCUUGGAAAAUUCAACACAAAAGCAGAAUGCAGAAAGGCUGGUUUCCUAUGGAAUGGCUUUGACAUAUCUGGUCACUCAUUCAUUUUAGCAUACUCGACACUCAUAAUUGUUGAAGAAAUGGAUUCAAUGCUAUACCUAGUACAACAACGAAGAACUGCUUUUCUUGAUGUGCUGUAUGUUGCAUUGAAUGCCAUUGUAGUCCUUUGGAUAUGGAUGUUUGGUUGUACCUCUGUGUACUUCCAUGAUACAAUUCACAAAGUUCUGGGAACAUUGUUUGGAAUCUUGGGGUGGUAUGUGUCCUAUAAGGUAUGGUACCCAAAGCCUUUCUCUCCAGGACUACCUCCACUCCCCAGUGAGCAGAAAUAUCACUAGACGGAAUUUGUUUGCAGUGCACCUGUGGGACAUGCUGACGAACAGUAAACUGUCACAAAACUUUGGAACUGUUUAGAGGUCCAUUCCAUCUGUGUUCUGCCUUUUUUGGAGGUCACACUCAAUUUGUUUGGUGGGCAGCUGGUGUUCCAAAACUGACUGUAAUUAACAAAUACUACAAGUGUUCAGUAUGUUUAGAGUGAGCAUUAUUAUCUAACACUAAAGAGUUAUCAGUUAAUAUGAGCACUCUGAUAUACAAUGUUGGCUUUGAAUUCCAGCCUACUUUGCCAUUUAAUAAAAUGCUUUUUGUGUGUGUUUGCCAUAUUAGUCAUUUACAGUGUGUGGUAUAUUUUUGGGGGGUUUUUUGUUUUGUUUUUUUUGGUUGCGUGUUGGGAACUAGACCAGUGCCAUAUUCCAAAGACAGUUUCAUAAGCCUUUCUUCUGUUUCUAGUGAGAUGUUUUUAUGUUGCUUUUUAUGUAUCAGUUUUACAGUAUUGGCUGUACUUCAGCUGGUUUUUCAGGUGUUCUGCCUUUGCAACUGUAAUCGUAUUGGAUUUUGACCUUUACAAAUGUUUCUGUAAUGGCUUGACUCUGUUGUUAAAGGUGUUUUGAAGAAAUAUACUGACAGUUUGACAACUUGAAACUAGGACAUGUCCUAACUUUAUUGCUCAAGGCCAUGUAACCUUGCUAAAAUAUUAAAAAUCCUUGGCUGCUUUUGCUCCUAU